GGAAGUCCGGGUUUGCCGCUAGCUGCGAUGCAUCAAGGCGGAAUUAGAACUGCAAAUCAGUGGAACCGAAACAAAAGCAAUUCAGAAGCAAACCUACUGGCUACAGACUACAACGUACACCACCAUCAUCUGAGAGACCCCAAAAGACACAGUGUGGCUGAAUAUGUACAUAGUCAUGACAUUGAUCACAGUGUAAUGAGUCAAAUCAGCAGACCAAUGUCCAAAACCGAAAGCCAUGUUUCGAUACCACUAUCAAGGAGAGGUCCACCUUCAGUUUUACGAACAGAUUACCUCAGCCAAGACGAAGAACCUGAAACUACGUUCAUGUAUCCUCAUUUGCAGGUGUGUGGUGUUGGAAUUUUCCCUAAAUCUUUCAACUGCUGCCUCCAGUCCAAUCAGCAUCUCCUACUCAAUGAGGUGUCGUUCGAAAUACGAGGUGGUGAAGUCAUGGCACUGAUGGCAACUUCUGAAGAGGAAGGUACAGCUCUACUGGAUAUUGUGGCAGGUCUAAGAGCACCAGUGCUAGGAAGCGUUCUUUUGAAUGGACAGAACGUCCGGCCGCAUUCUUUGAAGUCCAGAGUAGCAUAUGUGCAAAGUGAUUCUCAUUUAUGUAAAGACAUGACAGUUGUACAGACUUUGAGGUUUCACUACGAUCUCAAGAAACCCACCGAAAAAUUAGGAUAUUUGAAAAUCGACGCCAUGGACAGGAUAAACGUUUUAAUCGAAGAUCUUGGCUUGGAACUGGUGAGACACACCAAAGUUUCAUCAAUGACCAUUUCAGAGAGAAGAAGACUGAACGUAGCAUGCCAUCUCAUAUUAGAUACAGAUAUAGUGAUUUUAGAUCAACCAACUAGAGGAAUGGACAUUUUCGACACUUUUUUUCUAGUUGAAUACUUGAAACAAUGGGCAAAUGGAGGGGCGGGAAAUGCUCUCGGAAGAAUAGUUAUAUUCACCAUGCACCCACCCACAUACGAAAUUUUUACCAUGCUUUCCAGAAUUCUCCUAAUAUCAGCUGGAAGGACAAUGUACAGCGGCAAGCGAAGGGAUAUGCUGCCAUAUUUCGCAUUAGUUGAAUAUCCCUGCCCAUCGUAUAAAAACCCAUCAGAUUACUAUCUUGAUUUAGUAACUCUGGACGACCUCUCUGCCGAAGCCAUGCUGGAAUCUUCCCAACGAAUAGAACAAUUAGCAGAGAUUUUUAGGCAGAAACAGGAACCCAUGAGCGACCCGGGGCGCCCUGCAACCUUACCCAUGACUGUGAGGAACCCCAACUGCAUAGUUCAAGGAUUUGUGCUAUUCAC